UGUAGAGACUCCUUCCAGCACUCUACUCUUCUCACCAACCCCAUCACCAGAAUUCAACAAAAUAACACAGUAAAACAAAACACAUCACCUCAACAUGUUAUCAAACCCUCCAUCCACCGCCGGCCCCAUGGAAAGGCCUGACAAGCCGCUUUCGCAGACCGUCCAGCUAGAGCCCAACCUCAAGUUCCGUGUGUUCACACUCUCUCCCCCGGCCCAACUUCGCCAGCUGGAGUGCAUUGGUGAAGUGGACACUGCAGCAUCCAAUGCAGUGUCUCACGUCACUUCUCCAAAGGCCAUCAUCCCUACCUUUGAUAUCGCACACGAGAGCGUCAAGCAAGGCGAUUUCCACAAGAUUCGACUCGAAUGUCUUGCUAUUCCCGCUACCCAACUACUCGACCUCCUUAAGGGUCAAGGCAAGGUGCUCAAGAAACUUGAGAUGGUCAACGUCUACGUCCAGCUGGACUCGUCGGAUUGGGACGACGAUGACGAGCCAUACCCUUUCUUGACCAUAUUCCUUCACUUGCUCCAAGGCCUCGAAGUGGAAGACCUCCAAAUCAAGCAUCUGGUUUGCAAUACCAGCAAGAGACCCCACUCAAGACAAGUUGCUCUCGACGGACGCGAAUGGCGUGGAGUGAAGGGGGUCCGCGACGGAUUCGCUGGCUUGAUUGAGCAGUUCAGGAAGGAGAGAAAGUCAGAGAACAAGAAGAUACAGGACGAAGCCAGUCACAGCAAGGUGCAGUCAAGCUUCAUCGAGCAAGAGAGUUGGGAUGACGAGUACGGUUUUGGACCCGAGGAGGAAAGUGAUGAAGAUCCUUACGUCCACGACGAUGACGGAGAGUGGCAGAUGUAAGAAGCGUGCGGAGAAACGGAAUACUCAUGCUAUCACUGGACGAAGUUAGCAUUUGCAAAAUACUCGUGCAUUCCGAUAGCCAGCUGACCGUCGAGGUCUGUCGCUGGAGCACGUACAUAUCUAUGGAAUCCAACCCCUGAGUCUCGGCGCCC